AUGUACCACUGGGUUGCGCUAUGUCUGUGGGCCUUUGCCACAGGGGCUGCCACAAACGAGGAGCUGCUGUCAGCGGUGCGCAGCGGCAAUGCCACCGACGUUGAGCUUCUGCUCAGCAGAGCCAGCUUUGACAUCAGCCAGUUGCAAUUUGAUAAUUGGGGGUGGGCAGACACCAUGCUCCAUGAAGCUGCUGGCGUUGGUCAUGCAGAGGUGUUGCAGCUGCUUAUGGCGGCUUGGCCAGCAGGUGCGCAAGCGAGGGAUGGGUGGGCAAAAACGCCCCUGCACGUUGCAGCCGGACAGGGCAAUAUUGAGGUUGUGCGACUCCUAAUGCAGCAAUGGCCAGAUGCCGUGACAGUUGCUGACACGGACGGUGAGCUGCCCUUACACCGUGCAGCCUAUAAUGGCAACGUUGAGGUCGUACGACUUGUAAUGCAGCAAUGGCCAGAUGCCGUGAGAGUUGCUGACAAGAACGGUUGGCUGCCUUUGCACCAUGCAACCAACAAUGCCAAUGCUGAGGUUGAGGCUGUACGACUGAUGCUGGAGCAAUGGCCAGAUGCCGUGAAAGUUGCUGACCAGUACGGUCAGCUGCCCUUACACCAUGCAGCCGACAGUGGCAAGGUUGAGGUCGCACGACUCCUAAUGCAGCAAUGGCCAGAUGCCGUGAGAGUUGCUGACACGGAGGGUUGGCUGCCCUUACACUGUGCAGCCUAUAGUGGCAACGUUGACACUCACGUAUGGCUGCCCUUGUACCUUGCAGCCGACAAUGGCAACAUUGAGGUCGUACAAAUCCUGAUGCAGCAAUGGCCAGAUGCCGUGACAGUUGCCGACCAGUACGGUCGGCUGCCCUUACACCGUGCAGCCUAUAGUGGCAACGCUGAGGUCGUACGACUUGUAAUGCAGCAAUGGCCAGAUGCCGUGACAGUUGCUGACACGGACGGCCGGCUGCCCUUGUACCUUGCAGCCUAUAGUGGCAACGUUGAGGUCGUACGACUUGUAAUGCAGCAAUGGCCAGAUGCCGUGAGAGUUGCUGACAAGAACGGUUGGCUGCCUUUGCACCGUGCAACCAACAAUGCCAAUGCUGAGGUUGAGGCUGUACGACUGAUGCUGGAGCAAUGGCCAGAUGCCGUGAAAGUUGCUGACCAGUACGGUCAGCUGCCCUUACACCAUGCAGCCUACAGUGGCAAGGUUGAGGUCGCACGACUCCUAAUGCAGCAAUGGCCAGAUGCCGUGAGAGUUGCUGACACGGUGGGUUGGCUGCCCUUACACGAUGCAGCGUAUGGUUCCAGCUUGGAACUGGUGAAGCUCUUGGUGGAGCACUGGCCCGAUGGGCUCAGUGUAGCGGCAAAAGAUGGCGCAACCGCACUUCAGCAGACACAGAGUCUUGAAGUGGCUCUGUGGAUGUUUCAGAGGUCCCGGCCUUCUUCCUUCCCUGGCACGUUUAGGUCCUGCGAGGUGCUGAUGGAGCUGGCUUGCAACACCAGUGAGGCCACUCAGUCCUGGAAGGAUGCGGCAAAACAUCUACAAUGUUCAGAUUCGCAAAACCUCCUAAAGCCAGCAUUGCAGUUGUGGGUAGACGGUUGUGGCGCCAACCCCAGCCUUCCAACUACCUUCGGUACAUUGAUGGGCCGGCUGAGGGACGAAGAAGCAAAGGAUGAGCGAGUCUGUUUUAAAGACUUCUUGAAGUUGCGCGCGGAGCAGGAGGACAUGAUUUUGCUGACCUUGUCGAACUGGCUCUCGUGGGUGGUUCCAUUGUCCGCUACAUUUGCAGCGUUCGCAGCCGUUUGUUUGGAGGAAUUUGGUCGACGCAACGGUUGGCUGAAAGAGGAGGCAGUCCCGCAUGAGUUCAUCCAGUCAGCCAAACGGUUGGUUGGCCAAGCUUUUGCCAGGCGCGUGUGGCUGCUCAGGCUGUGGCGCUGGCUGGAGGUGUUGACUGCUGUUUUCUGGUUUGGCUUCGCGCUUUUGGUCAUGAACUGGAUUUGGUGGCUGCCCUUGGUGGUUCUGGCUUACGGUGUACCAGCAGCCUGCCUCUACGGAGGUCCUCGGCUUCUCUCAGCGCCCGCACUGGCCAUCAUGACCAGGGGCACAGCAGCACAGGUGAUUGGAAUAUUUCGCAUGGUGGCUUUAUUGGGGAUCUCCUUGACGGUCUUUGCAGCCGGGCAGGGGACAAUUUUGCCAGAGAUGGCCAUCAUGAUGAAUCCGCUCUUCAAGCCUUGGCACGACUGGAAACUUUUCCAGUGGUACACAUCUUAUUUGAACGAGCACUGGUUGCUGCAAUGGGCGCCACGCAUUGACGGGAAUUUUCUCUUCGUGUGUAUUACCUUGGCUGUACUCAGUUUCCUUGCCUUGUACAUGGCAUGUCUUCUUUAUGCCACGCUCAGUAGCGGCGCGCAGCGCCUAAUCCGCUGGAUCUGUCGUGGGCGGAUACAUCCUCAGCAAAUGCCGGCGUGGGAUAGCCUGAGCACAAGAGCAGAGGCAGUUCAGGAUUUGCUCAAGAUUCCGAAGGACAACUUUGUAUGCGUGCACACAAGGAUCAACCCUGCUAUCGCACUGACGAAGGACGAGUUCCCCAGCAAAAUGAAGCCCGUCACCGCCUUGGCCUGUGUGUCAAGUGUGGCAUUGGUGCUCCUGGAUGUCGGCCUUGAUAUCAACACCGUCUUUACCUUUCUGAUCGCACGGCAAUAUUAUUUCGCUGCGGUGACAACCUUUCUGGUGAGCCGGAGCGCGCUGAAGCAGCUCUUAGUCCUCCCGCCUUGGCGAUUCCGGGAGGCUAAU